AAAUCUAGGAAUUUUGUUCAGAAAAGUUCCGCACUUUGUCUUUGCGGCAGCCUGAGAGUUGUGUGUCACCGGAGUUUUGUGCUUUCAAAUUCGGAGCUCCAAUUCGGAAGAAAUGGGUCGUUCUCGGGCUGUUCAUCAAUCCACCGAUGAUGAUCCAAGCCAGAGGUCUAAGAGAAAAAGGGCAGCACCAAAUGUGGAGAGUUUUGAUACUGCAGCUACUGGCCAAAUAUUGACUGAAGGGAAAAAGGCUUUGUACCAUUGCAAUUAUUGCAAUAAAGACAUAUCUGGAAGGAUUCGGAUUAAAUGUGUUGUGUGCUCUGACUUUGAUCUUUGUGUGGAAUGCUUUUCUGUUGGAGCAGAAGUUCAGCCUCACAAAAGCAAUCAUCUGUAUAGGGUUAUGGAUAACCUGUCAUUUCCUCUCAUAUGUGCUGACUGGAAUGCUGAUGAGGAAAUGUUACUUCUAGAGGGUUUGGAAAUGUACGGAUUGGCAAACUGGGCUGAAGUUGCCGAACAUGUUGGAACAAAGAGUAAAUUGCAGUGUAUUGACCACUAUAAGUCCACAUAUAUUAGUUCUCCUUGUUUUCCACUUCCGGACAUGUCUCAUGUUAUGGGAAAGAACAGAGAGGAACUUCUUGCCAUGGCCAAGGAUCAAGGAUAUGCAGCUCCCGGGGGAGUUAAUGUUAAAGAAGAGUCUCCAUUCUCUGCAGGAAUCAAGAUGGAAGAUCAAAGGGAAGAAAAUUCAACUGGACUUGCGUCAGUUGGAGGCUCUGCUUCUGGUACAUUAGCAGGAGCUGGAAAGAGGACAUCUAGCUUACUUCAUAGUAAGGAGAAUCAUGAUAGCAUCAAAGUGGAAGGUUGUCCUGCAGACAGGAGUGUCGGAGAGAAAAAGCCUAGGUCAUCAGUGGAUGAGGGGCCUUCUAUGACAGAAUUAAGUGGUUAUAAUUCCAAGAGAGAGGAGUUUGAAAUUGAAUACGAUAAUGAUGCUGAGCAGAUGGUGGCUGAUAUGGAAUUUAAAGAGACAGAUAGCAAUGCUGAACGUGAACUGAAACUUCGGGUAUUGCGUAUAUACAAUAAAAGGCUUGAUGAGAGGAAACGUAGGAAGGAUUUUAUUUUGGAAAGAAAACUACUUCAUCCUGAUCCUUUUGAGAAAGACCUCACCCCGGAGGAGAAGGACAUAUGCCGUCGUUAUAGGGUGUUCAUGCGUUUUAGUUCAAAAGAGGAGCAUGAGGAUUUCCUUAGGAGCAUAAUCGAGGAGCACCGGAUAGUUAAACGAAUACGAGAUCUUCAGGAUGCCCGAAUUGCUGGUUGCCGAACUUUAGCUGAGGCAGAAAGAUAUGUUGAACAAAAGAGAAUGCGGGAAUCUGAAGAAAAUGUACGUAGACUAAAGGAGAACUCCCAGAGUGGCCCAAGUGGCAAAUAUUUGCAAAGAGCAGGUCACUUUAAAGUGGAGCAUGACAGCAGCCCUAGAGGAGUUGGUAGAGGCCCUGAAAUGAUGGAUUGUUGCAAUGACUUAUCAUCAACCACCGCACCACAUGGUGUUGGAAGUGCUGUAGACAUUUGGGAUGUCAGUGGCUUUUCAGGGGCUGAGUUGCUCUCAGAAGCUGAAAAAAAGCUUUGUGAUGAGAUGAGAAUCCUGCCGGCUCAUUAUCUAAACAUGUCUCAAACCAUGUCCAUGGGGAUCUUUAAUGGCAACAUCACCAAGAAAUCUGAUGCGCAUGGUCUAUUCAAUGUUGAUCCGAAUAAGGUGGACAAAGUGUAUGAGAUGCUUGUUAAAAAGGGCCUGGCUCAAGCAUAAUGUUGCUACUUUACAGGUUCAACCAUGAUUUUACUAAUUUUCUACCAAAAUUGGCAAUGA